AUGGCCGAGGGGCAGCAAGCCCAGGGAGGGUGGCGGCGGCGGGCCGGGCAGGGCCGGGCAGGGCAGGGCAGGGGGAGCGGCCGCCCGGCCCGGCCCGGCCCGACCGCGGGGCUCCUCCCCGGGCAGCCGCCGUUGCCGGGCAGAUCCCCGCGGGCCAGCGGCUGUUGCUGCACGGGUCUCGGUCCGCAGACCUGGCGAGCUGCCUUACCCCCUGCCUCCCGCUGCCUGCGAGGGUCCCAGAUAGCCAUGGUGCCUACAUAUGCUUCCAUGAUGGGACCUUUCAGAGGGCAUAUGAGCCUCAAAAGUAGCCCUUUUUCUCCCGGACCCUCCUGCAAGCUCUCCAACCAGUACAUCAUUCAAGAUCACAUGGCUGCUCAUUACAAGAAACUGAUAUCUGCCAAAGCUGCUGUUGAUUCAUCUGCACCAAAGAGUUUGCACACCAGUGUUAAAUACAAGGAUCAGCAGAAAAGAGACAGACUAAUUCAAGCCCUUGAGAAAUACAAGGAGGAUCCUGUACAUGGUCGUUCUGCCUCACCGUUCAACUCCAGAAGUGUUUCUCCAAGCCAGCAGAAGAAGCUCACUUCAAGGACUCUGAUGCCAGCUCCUACUGCAAGAAAGAUUAUCCAAAAUACUGCUCAACAUGCUUUGUCUCAGACUCCUGUUCACAACUGUAGUACAGACAGAUCAUCUGCUUCACCAUUUCUGCCGUCUCGCAUGCAUUUAGGCAGCCGCAACAGGAAGGUGGCAUUUCAAAACUCUUUUAAUAAAACAUAUUCCGGGGACCUCCUUGACAAACAUUCAAUUUACUUCACAGAAAAGAAUCAGCAUUUUACCCCUCAAAUCUUAAAGACAUCACACCAAUCUUUUCUUGUAAAACAUCGGUAUUAUAAUCCUCCUCCGCAUAAAAAGCGCUCCUCCCCUGGCAGACCAUCAGUUAAAUCAGCAGAUGGCAAUAAUGAAAAGAAAAGAGAGUUGCACAGGUUUUUAGAAGAUGCCCAUGCAAGACCACAUUCAGACCACUUUUCUCAGCAGCCAGUUGAGAACCAUGAAUUAUGGAUCCCCGACUUUGAAAUGCCAUUUUCUCCAGGAUCACAACUUGGAGAAAAAGGAGAAGAGGAGUAUCUUCGUUUUCUUCAAGAUCUUACAAAUGAUAUUUUGAUUACAGGUUGUUAUCACAAAGAGGCUUUAGAAGAUGUAUUUCAAAUGCACAUUAAAAGUAAGAGGCAUAACCUUGAUGAGGUAAAAAGGAGAAGAAUAGUUCAAAGCCUGAAGAAAGAGCUGAACAUCACAAACCAGCCGGACCCUUGCAUCAGCUGUCAGAGCACAUGGCAAAAGGACACCAGCACUCCUGCAAUGUGUUUUUAUCCUGCAACUUCAGGCAUUUCAGAGAGCAUUCAAAAUUAGUUAGGAUAGCAAACUAGAUUUUACACCAAUUACAAUAAAAACCUUGGGCAAACAGGAAAACAAAGAAGAGAUCCAGUUAAUGCAUCUUCCUGUGACGUAACAUAGCGUCACUAUGGCAACUACCAGGUUAACAUGCUAAGAACAAUACCAGAGCACCAAAGACAGUGUUUUUACAGGGACGUUCACAAUCAGAAUAGAAAGCCAGAUGCAAGUGCCCUUUCAUUCGUUAUGGAUAGCUACACCGGCAAAACACGUCCUACGCAAUCCUCUUACCUUAUUAGGAAUUCCGAUGAGGCAUUUUGAUUUUUUCUUACUGCUCAUGCUUGAUUUACAGAUAGGUUGGAAAUUAAGUUUUCAGUACAGCUUUCAAAACCCUACCUGAAUUAGUGACCUGAAGUCUCAUCAGUUUGCAAUAGGAUGUAGAAUAUUAAGUCCUAUUUUCAUGUGAUUUAGGUAUUAAUCUAAAUAACUUAAGAUCUCUUGAAAAUCUUAACCUAUAUUAGCUCAUAUGCCAAAAGCUAAGAUUAGCUGGUACUACAAUACAUACUAGUUAUUGAAAAAUAACAGGCAUUAUAAUCUUUCAAAAAGCAAACAUUUCACACUUACCGACAUCUAAAGGCUUAUAAAAUACAAACAUAGCCAAGUUGGAAAAUAUGUAAUUAAUAAAGCCUCAAUCCUUUCUCUUAGCAAUGAUAUUUACUCUACUUCAUUAUAACAUAGCUGUUUAAACUUGUCUGGUUAAGAUUAGACAGCUUGCUAAAGAUAGAUGUUUUUUCCACACUCUUCUCCAAGUGGGACACUUUUCAAGGCAUCAGAUUAAAAUAGAAAAACAAAGACUGAGAUAAAUAAAACAAACCAGUUUUGUUUUGGAGUUUUGGUGGUUUUUUUCCCUAUUUUUCGUUACCAAUACAUUUUCACACACAUGCUUCUACCUCAGGAGAGUUAAUUUAAAAAAAAAAAUGCUACAAUUCCACACAUGCUCCCAAAAUAAUUUGAAGAUACAAAACCUUAUCUGAAAUAAUGUCAUUUUUAUGAGCAGCUUUGUUAGUGUAUUGACAGAAGAUGAGGCAAUCAAAAUGCAUCCCUUAAGAUGGGCCUCUUUCUGUCUCCCUGGAAGAUGCCUCUAGGCAUAGUGCCACAAGGAUUGUUUUAAUUACCUAAUACUUGAAUUAACUAACAAACAACUGGAGAUGUUUAAGAAAAAGCCACAAGAUCUACUGAUCUGACCCCAACCAUAGGUAUAUGUAGUUACUGAAGGAUAGCUUGUAUAUAAAGUUUUUGUUAUUUGAACUAUGUGGAAUGUUUUGGUUUGUGUUAUUCUGCUAGACUUAGUUGAAACAAAUGCUGAAUUUCUUUAGAAGUUCUUCAGUUAGACUGAUGAGUAGAUUAUUUUUCUCAUAAACUGCGUUCCAAUGGACAAUGCUGUAAAGCAAGGCAGAAUAAUGGUGCGUAUGUACAUGUAAAUAGAGAAGAACACUCUGCCUUGAGUGUAAAACUAACUCCAAGGAGAAUCUUACUUUUGUAUCAUUAGAAAAGCACGUUAUACUUUGAAAGUUCAACUUGGAACAAAAGUGUUGUCUUUCAUUUUAAGUUACGGAAUCUUUUUCAAGGAGUAGAAAACAUUAUUACUCGCUUUUGUUGAAAGGAGUAACAACAUCUUUUUGAUAGAAGAAUAACAUGAAAAUGCCUCUCUGCUGUGCAACUCGGGGUCUCAGGGCACUACUGUGCAGGAGCUUGAUUUUCCUAAUACUUUCAGGGAAAACAGACAGUCCUCUCUGGGUUGGUUUGGAUGAGGUGUCAUCCUCCCUUGCACGAUGUUAUUCCAUCUGAAACAAGGGAUACCAAGACACAGUGCACUGGACCUAGUUUUGUAUUUGGUUUUGCACAUACAAAUUAAGUCACUGCUUCAUUUUGAACCAUUCAACAGUGUUUGCCUCAUUUCCUCAUUUUUCCCGGAACCUAAAAUUUUUAGAGGUACUUAGGUGAGUUUAGUUUCCAUUUGUAAAUCAACCUUUGGUACAUAGAAAAAAAAAAGGCAACAAUGAACUACAUGGCAACACCUCCACUUUCUCUGUGGUUUAAUCUUUUAAACAGGUUUAUGAAGAAUUACUUACAGAAAAUUCUACAGAAGACCAAUUAUAUCUUUUCCUUCAUUAUCAUUCCACAAGUUUGAGUGACUAUCGGUGUUAGUAAAUAUUCAAGAACAAGCUCUGCA